GUUGAAAUUCCGACUGAUGAUGGCUAAAACUCGUGGGGCAAAGAGAAGAAUUCCGGUUCGGCGGUCACGGCGACUGAGUCAAGCAGUAGCCGCGGAAAAUGCCGGACCAAAUCCUACAGAAGCUGAGCCGAUUCAAAUCCCUUCUGGAGAUGAGGCGGAGGUUGUUCGUCAAUCCAGAUCAAAUCGCAAGAAGCGGAAGAAGGACGACGAUGUAGACAUUGAGGAAGAUCGUGAGGCUGUUAGUGGCGAUGAUUGCGAGGUCGUUGGGGAUGAAGACUGUGAUGAGGUUUGCUAUGCUGGCGAAAGAGUCGAGAACAACGAAGAAGUUGUUGAAGGAGGACAAUUGGACAUGGAAUGUGUUCCACAAGAAAAGGAAGGAGGUGGUGUCGAGGCAACAGAAAAGGAAGGAGGUGGUGUUGAGGCAGAAGUAAAUGAUGGAGGUGGUGUCGAGGCAGAAGUUAAUGAUGGAGCUGGUCUCGAAGAAGAAGACAACAAUGGUGGUCUAGGUGUGAAAGAAGAAGAUUGCGAAGAUUUUGAAGCUGAAUUUGGAGCAGAGGUGAGAGAAGAGGAAGAGGCAAACGAAAGCGAUGGUGAUAGUGGUGACGAUAUCUGGGAUGACGAGAGGAUUCCAGAUCCACUGUCACACAGUGAUGAUGAAGAAAUUAUUGAAGAAGAAAGUGAUGCUCCUCAAUCUGAUGAUCAUGAAGAGCUUUUGAGGCUGGGGAAAACAUUCAACAACCCAGACGACUUCAAAAUUGCUGUGUUGAGGUAUUCUCUAGAGACGAGAUGCUAUUGUUCCUAUGAUAAGAAGAAACAGAAGAUGCAAGUGAAGAUAUACAAAGAUAAGCAUUCGUGUGUUAGGUCGGGUUACUCAAAGAUGCUGAAGCAAGGAACAAUAGCUUGGUUGUAUAGAGAAAGGCUGAGAAAGAAUCCGAAAAUAACCAAACAAGAGAUGGUGGAUGAGAUCAAGAGAGAGUACAAACUCACUGUAACAGAAGAUCAAUGUUCAAAGGCGAAGACAUUAGUUAUGAGAGAAAGAAAAGCGACUCAUCAAGAGCACUUUUCACGGAUUUGGGAUUAUCAAGCUGAGAUCUUCCGCAGUAAUGCAGGGACAAUCUUUGAGAUCGAGACAAUCCCAGGGCCAACCAUUGGAAGCUUACAAAGGUUUUCUCGGCUUUUCAUUUGUUUUAAGUCACAAAAAGACUUUUGGAAGAGAACAUGUAGGCCUAUCAUAGGUAUAGAUGGUGCAUUCCUUAAAUGGCACAUAAAGGGACAUUUAUUGGCUACGACUGGAAGAGAUAAAGAUAAUAGAAUUGUACCAAUUGCAUGGGCACUUGUAGAGAUAGAGAAUGAUGAUAAUUGGGAUUGGUUUGUAAGACUUCUCUCUAGAACUUUGGAACUUCAAGAUGGAAGAAAUGUGGCCAUCAUAUCAGACAAACAAUCGGCGGACAGUCAAAGAGAAAGGCUGAGAAAGAAUCCGAAAAUAACCAAACAAGAGAUGGUGGAUGAGAUCAAGAGAGAGUACAAACUCACUGUAACAGAAGAUCAAUGUUCAAAGGCGAAGACAUUAGUUAUGAGAGAAAGAAAAGCGACUCAUCAAGAGCACUUUUCACGGAUUUGGGAUUAUCAAGCUGAGAUCUUCCGCAGUAAUGCAGGGAUAAUCUUUGAGAUCGAGAUAAUCCCAGGGCCAACCAUUGGAAGCUUACAAAGGUUUUCUCGGCUUUUCAUUUGUUUUAAGUCACAAAAAGACUCUUGGAAGAGAACAUGUAGGCCUAUCAUAGGUAUAGAUGGUGCAUUCCUUAAAUGGCACAUAAAGGGACAUUUAUUGGCUACGACUGGAAGAGAUAGAGAUAAUAGAAUUGUACCAAUUGCAUGGGCAGUUGUAGAGAUAGAGAAUGAUGAUAAUUGGGAUUGGUUUGUAAGGCUUCUCUCUAGAACUUUGGAACUUCAAGAUGGAAGAAAUGUGGCCAUCAUAUCAGACAAACAAUCGGGUUUAGUUAAAGCAAUUCAUUCUGUCAUACCACAAGCUGAGCAUAGGCAAUGUGCUAGGCACAUCAUGGAGAACUGGAAGAGAAAUAGCCAUGACAUGGAGCUACAACGACUCUUCUGGAAGAUUGCUAGGAGUUACACUAAUGGAGAAUUUCAAGCUCAUAUGCUAGGGUUGCAGAGUUACAAUCCAAGUGCUUAUGAGUAUUUACUAAAGACUAAUCCCCUCACAUGGUCUAGAGCUUUCUUCCGGAUUGGAAGCUGCUGCAAUGACAACCUAAACAACCUCAGUGAGUCAUUCAAUAAAACAAUCAGACAAGCAAGGAGGAAACCACUGCUAGAUAUGUUGGAAGACAUUAGGAGGCAGUGUAUGGUGCGUAAUGCGAAGAGAUAUGUGAUUGCUGACAGACUGAAGAGUAGAUUCACUAAGCGAGCCCACAUGGAGAUAGAGAAGAUGAUUGCUGGGUCUGUUGUUUGUGAAAGAUGGAUGGCAAGGCACAAUAAACACGAGAUGACAGGUAUACCGUGUAUUCAUGCUGCAACUGUCAUAAUAGGAACAAGGCAGAAAGUGGAGGACUAUGUCAGCGACUGGUACACAGCAAUCAACAGACUAGGAGUGUUACCACCUCCAUGGAGAAGAGGCAAUCCUGGAAGACCAAAGAAUCAUGAUAGGAGGAAAAGCCUUUUCGAGACUGCAACUGCCUCUAGCUCUAGUAACACCGAGUUAUCACGCAUCCACCGAGUCAUGAAAUGUUCAAACUGUCAAGAAGAAGGACACAACAAGCAAGGAUGUAAGAACCAGACAGUUGCACCUCCACCAAGAAGACCGAGGGGUCGCCCUAGAAAAGAUCAGGAUUGGGAUGAUUAUGAUACUUUGUUUUACAAUGCUUGGUUGGGAGUGGUUCUUAAGCCUACUAGAGUAGCGGAUAUGGAUUUGAUGAGAAGGAUGGGAAUUGAGACCACGGUUUUAGGGAUGUUAGAGGCUAUCGGUUUAGGAACAAUUUGCACUAAGCAGUAUGACAUGUUCCCGGAGUUGGUUAGGCAGUUUAUUGCCACUGUUAGAGUUGGGUAUGAGAAAGAGAAUGAGAAAAAUGCUAGAGACGGUUUUCUGAGUUUCUUCAUUAGAGGCGUGCGCUACAGUUUGCCUUUGAGUGAGUUGGCAGAGAUUUAUGGUUUUGAUGGUGAGGUCCCACGUGUGGCUCUUCCUGAUCGUUUUGAUGGUAUUAAGAACUUUUGGUCUUAUAUCGGGAAUGGAGAAUAUGACUCCAAGAAAUCAGCGCAGACAGAUAUCAGGCAUCCAGCAUUGAGAUAUGUUGUUCGACUUCUUGGGCACACCCUGUUGUGCAAGAUGGAGCCUGGUAAGAUGAGACGUACUGAGGUGAUAUUCCUCAACUAUGUUGUUGGUGAUUCUUGCAUUUCAGGUCGCCUUCUUACGGGCGACCCUAUUCAGCUCGCCUUCUUACCCGACGCCUCUCUUCUCCAUGUGCCACCACCCACCCGUCGUCGCAGAGCAGCUACCAGAGCCGUCUCUACACCUGUUGAGGAUGCACCGAUCUAUGGCCCUGCUGGGGGUCUUCAUCACAGCUCCUCUUCUUCCACCUCCCAGUGCGAGCUUCCCGACACUCCACCAAUCCCAAUGGAGACAGGGGUCUUUCAGCAAUACAUGGUUGACAGUUUGAAGAGCGUUUGGAAUCCUAUUGCCACUCUUUCUCGCUGCAGAUGCGUUCGUCCCGAUCGUCGUCGUCAGCGUUCACCCACACCACCGCAGGGAGCUGAUACCGAGCACGAGGACUAGCUAUCCUCCUUAUCCUUUGCUGUCUUAUCUUUGCUUUUCUUUUGUUUUUCAGACAUUUUCUUUGCUUCGGAUGUUGUACUUUCUUUGAUUUGGGACUUGUUGAACUCGAUUGUUAUUGUCUA